UGAAAGUGCAAGUCAACAAGGCAGCUCCCAUCGUGUUGCUGUUUAUGACGCUCAAACACAAUAAAACCCAAUUGCACGCUUGAAUUGUUGAAGUUGAGGAACAAAUACAGCCAUAUUAGACUUUGCGCAAACACACACAUACACACGGUCCAGCCUGUGACCACACGCACACACAUACCGGCAGAGAGUAUAAAAGGGGCAUCCUUCCCACUCAUCGGAGAAGUGCUCUCCUAACGCUCACACACUCCCUUGAACCAACCAAACCUCUUUUCUCAAGAUGCCUGCAGGGCUGAGUGUGUGUGUGUUUCUGGUGGUCCUGUGUUCAAGCUCUACAGGGCUCGCCCUCUCCGCCCAUCUCGGGGACGAGGACCAGCGUCCCCGCUCUGAAGAAGCCCAUCUGCAAGCCGACACCCACACUUUGGGGGAGUCCCAUCUCCGAUACAGCCGCUCUGCACCCCAACUCAAAGCGCUCCCCGUGUCCCAGGAAGAUGGCGAUUCGCGGGCCAACCUCGGCGAGCUGCUGGCCAGACUCCUUUCCUCCAGGAAAGCAGGUUCCGUGCGCCGGAACUCGUCAGCCAACAGCAGAGGCGCAGGCCCGAGCGGCGCCAACCACCGGAUAGCGGACAGGGACUAUAUGGGCUGGAUGGAUUUCGGACGGCGCAGCGCCGAGGAGUACGAGUACCCCUCGUAGAACGGAACCGCUCCACCGUCGGCCGGCCCCUCCACACACACAAUACGUCUAUAUGAUGAGAUUGUACAUUUGUUUGUAAUGUACUGUUAAAUGCAGUAUACAUAUGCCAAACCUUUGCCUCUCUGUCAUCGAUUUGUUGGUUUAUCGUAUGGAAAUUGGGGGGAAAUGUGGUGUCAGGGUACAUUGAGACAUGCUAGACUGAAUACAUAUUUAAAAUAUAUAUAUAUAUAUAUAUAUGAUGGCUGGUUUCUCAGUCUUUCAAGCCAACGUUUCGAGGCAGAUGGCGGCCUUUGCCCCCCCCCCCUCAUUUCUAAUUGUUAUGUGGGCUUCUGGUGGGACUUUUGAACAAGCAUCGUCCUCAAUUCUUGUACUGUACUGUAAUUUGGUGUAUUAUAAGUAAUAACUGCGAAUCAUCUAUACAAAAAUAAAACUAAA